CGAAAGGUAGCGAGAAACAGUGAAGUCCGGAGAUCGAAUAAGAAAGAAAUAUUGUGUCAUGUUCCCGCACAUCAUCAAAAUAUUAUUAUUAGCGUUUAAAUAGAUUACAAUUUCCGUUACAAAACUUUCGUUUCAAUUUGUUGACUCGGUAUAAAACGACGUGUUUUAUAACGCCGCAACACAUUCAACAAAUAUCGUGAAGUCGGUAGCGUCAUUUUCGUUCGUACAGCUGAUGUCAGUAGUGAAACUAUGUAUAAACAAAUAAUAUAUGCCAUUUUCCGCACCAUUAAUUCAUAUUAAACUGAAACAUAUUACCUACGACUUUGACGAAAGCAAUUAUCAUUUAUCUAUGAUAAAAGCUUCGCCAAACAGCUGAAAUGGAAUCGGCGGGACAGGGUCAGGUGCAAAAUUCCAGCAAUAAUAAUGAUUGCUCCGAAAACAAGGGAAGUUGCUUGCUACUUCGAUAUGCUAGUCAGAAUUCUUUAGAUGAGAGCUCGCAAAAACAUGUACCUAGAGAAAAUGGAAGAGAUAAACCGCCUUACAGGAAUCAUCAUCACACAAAUCGAGCCUUUGAUGUCAUUAAUGAAAUGCGAAAGAAAAAUUUGUUGUGCGACGUGACUUUGGUGGCAGAUGGGGGCAUGGAAGUACCUGCGCAUAAAAUGGUUCUCGCUGCCUGUAGUCCUUAUUUCUAUGCUAUGUUUACAAGUUUUGAGGAACGAGACCAAGAGAGAAUAACACUGCAAGGCGUAGACUAUUCUGCAUUAGAGUUGCUCGUAGAUUAUGUUUAUUCUGCAGAGGUACACGUGACCGAGGAUAACGUACAAGUGCUAUUGCCAGCCGCGAAUCUUUUACAAUUAACCGAUGUCCGCGAUGCGUGUUGUGAUUUUCUGCAAGCUCAGUUGCAUCCGUCAAAUUGCCUAGGAAUUCGCGCGUUUGCCGAUCUACAUGGUUGUCUAGAAUUAUUAUCACAUUCGGAUAGCUACAUAGAACAACAUUUCUCGGAAGUGGUAGAUGGAGAUGAAUUUUUAACAUUAGCACCACAGCAAGUUGCUAAACUAAUUUGCAGUGAUCGUUUAAUGGUACCUUCAGAAGAAAAAGUGUUUGAAUGUGUAAUAUCUUGGGUGCAUAGCGAUUUAGAAAAGAGACAAGCUCAUUUAGCUCAAUUAAUGGAACAUGUACGCUUACCUUUGCUGUCACAAGAAUAUUUAGUACAACGUGUGGAAGAAGAACCACUACUUAAAGCAAACUUACAAUGUAAGGAUUUCCUGAUUGAAGCAUUAAAGUAUCAUUUACUUAAAGGAGAACAAAAGUCAUUAUUUAAAACACCUCGUACAAAACCUAGACAACCAAGGGGAUUACCUAAAGUAUUGUUAGUAGUUGGUGGACAAGCUCCAAAAGCAAUUAGAAGCGUCGAAUGUUUCGAUUUUAAGGAAGAAAAGUGGUAUCAAGUAUCCGAGUUACCAACGCGGCGUUGUAGAGCUGGUUUAUCGGUCCUUGGUGGUCGAGUGUAUGCCGUUGGCGGAUUUAAUGGAUCUCUCAGAGUACGAACAGUUGACAUAUACGAUCCAGCUACCGAUCAGUGGUCGCCUUGUCCAGAAAUGGAAGCGAGAAGAUCCACGUUAGGCGUAGCAGUUUUGGGAAACUGUAUUUAUGCUGUUGGUGGAUUCGACGGCUCGACUGGUCUAAAUUCCGCCGAAGUAUACGACCCAAGGACUCAUGAAUGGAGACUAAUAGCACCGAUGUCGACACGUAGAAGUAGCGUUGGCGUGGGUGUCGUCAAAGGAUUACUAUAUGCGGUUGGUGGUUACGAUGGUGCAUCGCGACACUGCCUUUCUAGCGUCGAGUGUUACAAUCCGGAAAAAGAUCAAUGGAAACCAGUACCUGACAUGUCUACGCGUCGUAGUGGGGCCGGUGUUGGUGUUCUAGAUGGAAUUCUGUACGCUGUAGGAGGUCACGAUGGUCCUUUGGUUAGAAAAAGUGUCGAAGCUUAUAACCCGGAUACUAAUCAGUGGAGUCCAGUCAACGACAUGGCCCUUUGCCGUAGAAAUGCUGGCGUUGUCGCUUUAAAUGGGCUUCUAUACGUGGUGGGAGGGGACGACGGUGUAUCAAGCCUGGCAUCCGUAGAAGUGUACUCCCCGAGGACUGACACCUGGACAACCCUUCCGACUAGCAUGGGAAUCGGCCGUAGCUACGCGGGUGUAGCGAUAAUCGACAAACCAAUGCCGACUACGACAUCGAUGUGA